AUGAGCGCGGAGGUUCAGGCCGCGCGAAAAUGGCACCCCUUCCCCGCCCCCCCUCCUCCCGGAGGCUUCACCUUCACCGUCUCCCCCUCCGCCUCACACCUCGCCCAUCCCACCUCUCACUUCCUCUCCACCCCUCUCAAAGGCACAAUCCGCCCACAAGGUCUAGCAGGCGGUGCCCUCGUUUUUUCUAGGUCUGCGUCUGACAGCCUAGACCGUAUCCUCCUCCUGCAACGCGCCCCGCACGACUCCAUGCCCUUACGGUGGGAAAUCCCCGGCGGCGCAAUCGAUCCCGAAGACGAGUCGUUCUUGCAUGGUGUUGCGAGAGAAAUGUGGGAGGAGGCGGGGUUGGUGCCCAAGAGGAUGGUUUGUCAGGUUGGUGAUGAAACGAAGCCGCACGUGUUUUUGACGAGGAGUGGGAAGGUGGUGUUGAAGAUUAGUGUUGAGGUGGAGGUUGAUGAGGGGUGUGGGGUCAAGGAAGAAGGGAAUGGGGGAGUGGAGAAGCUGGAGGGAAAAUGGAAGGGGCUGCCAAAGGUGGUGGUUGAUCCGAAUGAGCAUGUGAGGUUUGUGUGGGCGACUGAGGAGGAGUGUAGGACGGGGGUGAUGGUGAUCGAUGGUGGUGGCGGAGAGAAGGAGGAGUUGAAGUUGGUUUUCACUACCAAGGAGCAAAAAGGAGACGAUUUUGAAGGGGUUUGA